CGCUGUUGUUUUUAUCCCAUCAUCAUUACUUUCUCCUCAAUGCCUCUCACAUUAAUCAUUCAUUUUUAUGAAAAUGACAAAAACCCUUUUCAUUCUGCAAACCCUUUAUACUUUCAGAGAAAGAAACCUUUUCAUGAGUUCUUACCAAAGGGAAAGAAAGGCAAUACAACAUUAAAGAAUCGCCUCUGUGUAACUGAAGCACUUCUUAGUUGCGCGUCUUCUCCAAAUGGGUGCUUGUUGUUCUUGUUUUUCCUUCUCUUUAUGCGGAUGUUGUCGUUUCAAAUCCAAGCUUCCUCGUUCCUCCGAUCCGGAGAACCGAGGUGGUGAAGACGACAAGCUAACGUGGCCGUGUUUCAGGGAGUACAAACUAGACGAGCUUAGAGCUGCAACCGGUGGGUUUUCCAUCGAAAAUGUCGUGUCGGAGCACGGCGAGAAGGCGCCCAACGUCGUCUAUAAAGGAAAGCUACCCGACGGUGACUCUCUGAUCGCCGUUAAACGAUUCAACAAAUCAGCUUGGCCUGAUACUCGUCAAUUCCUCGAUGAAGCAAAAACAGUAGGCCAACUUCGAAGCCAUAGAUUGGCAAAUUUGUUGGGAUGUUGCUACGAAGGAGACGAAAGAUUGCUGAUAGCAGAGUUCAUGCCUAACGAGACUUUAUCCAAGCAUUUGUUUCAUUGGGAAAGCCAGCCACUGAAAUGGGCUAUGCGAUUACGUGUGGCUUUGUAUUUGGCACAAGCAUUAGAGUAUUGCAGCAUCAAAGGCCGAUCCUUGUAUCAUGAUCUUAAUGCUUAUAGAGUAUUGUUUGAUAAGGAUUGCAAUCCGAGGCUCUCGUGCUUCGGGCUAAUGAAAAAUAGCCGAGAUGGAAAGAGCUACAGUACUAAUUUAGCUUUCACACCUCCGGAAUAUAUGAAAACAGGUAGAAUAAACGCAGAGAGUGUAAUUUACAGUUUUGGCACCAUACUUCUUGAUCUUCUUAGUGGAAAGCACAUCCCUCCAAGCCAUGCGCUUGAUUUGAUACGUGAGAAGAACUUUCAAAUGUUAAUGGAUUCAUGUUUAGAGGGUCAUUUUUCCAUUGAAGAUGGAACCGAGUUAGUAAGGAUAGCUUCACGUUGUUUGCAAUAUGAGCCUCGUGAUAGGCCCAAUCCAAAAUCAGUUGUCAUGUCUCUCAAUGCUCUUCAGAAACAAACAGAGGUGUCAUCUGUUGUGUUGAUGGAAAUUACAAAUCCGCCCCCGGUGGAAAACGCAAAAGAAGUUGACUCUUUAUCACCAUUUGGGGAAGCUUGCUCCAGAAUGGAUCUAACUGCUAUACAUGAGAUGUUGGAAAAAAGUGGAUACAAGGAUGAUGAGGGGGCUACAAAUGAGCUUUCGUUUCAAAUGUGGACAAGCGAAUUACAAGAGGCUUUGAAUGGUAGGAAACGUGCUGACACAGCUUUCAAAACCAAGGACUUCAAUACCGCGAUCGAGUCAUACACAACUUUUAUUGAGAAUGGAAGCAUGGUUUCACCAACUGUGUAUGCGAGGCGAUGUUUGUGCUACUUGAUGAACAAUAAAGCACAAGAAGCUUUAGGAGAUGCGAUGCAAGCACAGGUGGCAUCACCUGAUUGGUCGACCGCACUUUAUCUACAAGCGGCUGCUCUUUUUAGCUUAGGAAUGGAGAAUGAUGCUUGUGAAAUGCUUAAAGAUGGCUCGAUUUUGGAGGCCAAAACUAAAGGCAAAUGAAACAUUUUGGUUUUGUAAAUAUUUUCUUAAUUUAAUAUCUUUUGGAACGGGUUUGUGCACAAAUGCUAUUUUAUAUGUAAUGAGAGAAUGUGUGUUUAUCAGUUGUUUUAUUAAACUAUAUGUUAAGUUUGAUAAUUUUACAUUGCUUAAAAGAUUAA